GGCUGUCCGCCUGACGUCGUGCCUCGGCUUGUUUGUUCACCCCCUCAAAGACGACAACGCGGGGAUUGAGAAGCCACACAGUAACCCUCCAUGAGCUCGAGAUGAGGACUGUCAGUUCCACUCGAAUACUGCGUGUGGGCUCGGCGCAAAAGUUACAAAAUUUCUUUGCAGAGAGCCUAUCGCCAACACGUCGUAUCCAGGCCCAGACACAGCUACGGGACAUGACAGCCCCAGCAAAGCCAAGACCGAGUGCGAGCAUACUAUUGGUGUCCCCAGCCAACGAGGUCCUCCUCCUGCAUAGGGUCCAGACCUCGAGCGCCUUCCCCUCGGCCCACGUCUUCCCAGGCGGCAACCUCUCGCGCUUCCACGAGAGCGGCCACGUCGAGCUCGAGGACCCGCUGGCGCAGGGGGACAGCCCCGAGUUCCGCGCGGCCGCCAUCCGUGAGACGUUUGAGGAGAGCGGGAUCCUGCUCGCCGUCGACGCCGCCGCGCGCGGCGGGCGGCCCGUCGAGCUCACGGCGGCCCAGCGCGACGCCGGGCGCCGGGCGGUGCACGCCAACGAGGUCACGCUUUCGCGCUGGCUCGAGGGGGUCGGCGGGGUGCCGGACCUGCAGGGCUUGCGCCCCUUCACCAGGUGGAUCACGCCGGGCAACGUGCCGCGGCGGUUCAACACGCAGAUGUACCUCUACAUGCUUCCUCUAUCUAGUGGAACCGCUACGGACCGCAACGUCGUGCCGGCGACGUCCGACGGCGGGCUGGAGCAUACAGAGGCCGUAUUCGCGCCGCCGCGCACGUGGCUUGAGCGUGCGCGGCGCGGCGACAUCGUCAUGUUCCCGCCCCAGGUGUACCUUUUGUCCCUUGUUGCAGAGCAUCUGCAGCCUCUGAAUACGGACAGCUCGUCGUCGCUGGAGACGCGGCAGCAGAGGAGGGAGUCGCUACUACGGUUCGUGCAGGAGACGCCCUCGGACGGGGUGGCGUGGGCCGACAAGGUCAUCAGCCCGUCCUUCAUGGGGCCGGUGGACAAGGGGGGCGGCGGCGAUGACCGGAUCGUUCUGGGGCUGUCGAGGCCAAGGGGCGAUCCCGAUCGGGUUGUUUAUGUCAAGCUGGAGAAGGGCGGGUCCAGGUUUGGCGAAGUGCGCAUGCACCCUCAGAGGAGCACGACCGGGAAGCUCUAGGUAGGGCUCGCUCUAGGCUUAGCCGGCAGUCUGGGGACGGAGUCAGAGAGGCCCAUGCCUCGUGCCUGCAUGAUCCUGAAACUAUUUACACUGCAUGCUGACCUGGCGAGGAGGCCGGGGGCGUCUGCAGCCAGAUCCCCGCCUCGCCUGCGUCGACUGGUGGAAAUCAGGGAGCGGGAAUUGGAGGGUCAGGCAAUUGAGGAGGUAGCUUGGUGGUGGGCGCCUUGGAAUUUGCGCCGUGGGGCUAGCACUAGUUUGCAGUGCCCGUUCAGCUGGGUGAGGCUUUGCAGCUUCUCCAUCGAGCCACACGCACAGUGCUGUGCGUCGAAAUUCAGUGGGGGGCCUUUGGCUGCCGGCCCACCACGGUUGCCAGGGGCGACACCAAUGGGCAAACAAGCUGGGCCAAAAUAAACCAGGGUCGACAAGGCA